UGGAAGAUUUAAUUAUACUAUAAUCCAACCUUUUUCUUCUUCUGCACACUCUCUUGUUUCAUUCCGCCGUCCCCGUCGCCUCCUUGUUCGGUGAAAUCUACCCUCCUCGAAAUUUCCGAAGACUACCCAAAACCGCAUUUCACCAAAAGCUCGAUCCUUUAGCCUUUAAUCUUCAGUGGACUGUUAUGUCCGAGAUGACAUCAAGAACCGCUGACAUCAUGCGCGUAAGCUCGCAUCGCGAAGUCUACGAGCCCUGUGACGAUUCAUUUGCUCUAGUCGACGCAUUACUCGCUGACCAAACCAACCUUAUAAACCACAACCCUAAGCUUUGUAUGGAGAUUGGCUGCGGAAGCGGAUACGUCAUCACUUCACUCAUCCUUCUCCUCAAAGAGAAGCUUCCCAAUGUUCAUUACCUAGCCACCGACACAAACCCGAUCGCUGCAAGAGUGACAAACGAGACUUUACAAGCUCAUGGUGUCUCUGCUGAGGUUGUCUGCACGGACAUAGCUUCUUGCUUAGAGGAGAGACUCGCUGGGUUGGUAGAUGUGAUGGUGGUGAACCCUCCUUACGUUCCGACGCCUGAGUAUGAAGUUGGUAUGGAAGGUAUAGCCUCUGCUUGGGCUGGAGGGGAGAAUGGGAGGAGUGUUAUCGAUAGAGUCUUGCCUGUUGUUGAUCGUUUGCUUUCUGAGAAGGGGUGGUUUUAUUUGGUGACUUUGACUUCGAAUUACCCGUCGGAGAUUUGUUUGGUGAUGAGGAAGAGAGGUUAUGCGUCGAGGAUCGUGGUGCAGAGGUCGACUGAAGAGGAGAAUCUUAUUAUACUUAAGUUCUGGAGAGAUAAAGAUGAGGAGGGUGUGGAUAAGGAGACGUCAUCAGAAUCGUUUAUGAAGCAGUUUUCGAGGUCUUUGUCAUCUUUUAUGGAGAAACAAUGGAGGUGAAAUGAUCUCAGGAGCAUUCUUUGUUACCACAACUUGCCACCAUUUUGAAAAGACUCCUUUAAAGUCUCUAUUAACCGUGAAUUUUCUAGUGUUCGAUUGUUAAUGAAAAUCCGGUUCUGUGUUGGUCUAUCGAUUUUGUAAAUUACUAAUACGAAUUUGAUUAUAACUUCUUAGUAAAAGUUUAUAUAAUCGAACAUGAUUACAAAUCGAUUAAAAAGAAACUUGAUAUUGUUUUAUGAACUUGAAUAUUCUCUUACUCUAGAGUAUAAAAAAAACUUAAGUAUUGAUUUUUCAUCACUCCUCGCUCUUCUGCCAUGUCUUAAGAAUCCUACAUUUGCAAAGCCUUUGAGAAUCAUCACAGAGUUCAAGAAGAUCCUGUUUGAGUAUGCAACUCGACUGCAAAUUUUAUCAUCUUUCUCAGUAAAUGGUUCAGUUCAUGCGUAACAUUCAAUUUCAAAUUUCAGUAACAAUCCUUUAAGAAGAAAAAACUUCCUAAAUUGAAAAUUUUAAAUGAUUCCAAAGUUCAUGUGACUUUUAAUUUUUUUUUAAAGACUUCUAAAAUUUUAUUAGUUAGUCUUGCACUCAUGCCUUUGAAAAUUCUCGUCUGAUGAGACAAUUAGUUAUGACAAGGGCAUAAAAGUUGAGUUGUACAAGAAAAAUAUGUGGGUAUAAAAUUUCACCUUAUUAUAAUUUCUUGAUACAAUAAAAGUAUAAGUUAUUUUGUAAAAAAGAUAAAAUAGAAGCUGAAGCUUUUAAUUGUUUUUCGGGACUUUGAAAAAGUUUAUGAAAGUCAAAGUGUAAUUGGUAAAUUAUUGAUUUUACAAACUUUAGAUCAUUGUAAAUUUUACGUAUUCGUAAAUUUUGCAAGAAUCUCUCACCAGACAAAUUAAUAUAAAAACUAAAAGCAAGAAAAAGAAAGGAGAAAACUAAAAGCAGACCACUAGAACUGAGGAAACUUUCUCUCCACCUUCUCUCUAAGUUCAAAGCUCAGAUCUAGUUUUCGCUUCUUUUCUCCGACGCCGGCGGUCCCUUUGGCCGGUGUCGGGGAACCUCCGGUGUUCUCCUUCUUGUUUCUCUGCUGUUUCUCUCCUUUCUAAUCGGUCUUUGCUAUCUACUCUGGAUCUCGUUUCGCUGCUUCUUUCUCCUCUUCUACUCGCGAUAGAUCUGUGAGAAGAAGCUUUGGUGCUAUGGGCUUUGGUGUGGUGGCGACGAUUUAGACAAGGGUUUGCCGGUAGAGUCGGCUUCGUGGGAGGUUGGUGCUUUCAGAUCUGUUGCUGCGGUAGCUUCUGUGGAGCUGGCGGUACCAAAGUGGUGGAGAGGUGUGUGCUUGGGAUCGGCGUCGCUCCUUCUCUCUCUCUUGCUCAGCUCCCGUCAGCCUCUCUCAGUUUUUCGCAGAUCUAGGGUUCCGGCCUGAACGUGGCAGCGCGUGGCGCUCUGUCUUCCUCGGCUAGAGGAUCCCGUUGUUGGUUCUCACCGGUGGGUGCGUGUGAGGAGCUCUCGUCCCUCGGAGUUGUCGCCUGAGCGGGGUGGGUUUCUGUGGCGGCGCGUGGCGAACCACAACACUGCAUCCGCGUCUCUUUGUGGUUUCCGUUUCCCGGCGGUUUGGUGUAGAACGGUGGCAUCGUGUUGUCUCUUUCUCCCCCAAUAAAUGCGUAGGUUCUCUCUCGACUCGGCGGCGAUGUCUGUGUGUGGUGGCCUUCCCGGUUUGGAGGUUUGGAUGACUUGGCCGCUCAUCUUCUGAGGCGGACACCGGGUAUGGGGCCAAUCUACCGGGUUCGUGCUCCUGGGCUUAAAGCAGCCUGCUUCAUUCAACGGCUGCAUUAGGCAACUUUGCUUUCUCUCCCUUCAGUCAAGGCAAUGCUAUGUAUUCGAUGUUGUGCGUGGUUGGGGUCUCCUCCGUUUUUUCAAUCUCCGUUCUUUGUUGUUGUGUUUAGAUUUAAUUUUUCUGCAAAUCUGCCUCUUGUGAUCUUUGUAAAUUCUGUCUAAAAUGAAAAUGGUAAUAAACUUAACAUUUUUAC